GAACUUUCUGGCUGUACGAGCAGGACACGAGCCUUCGCCAGAAAACCAGCUGGAUAGGUCGCAAUCCAAUUAGUACGACUUGCCUCGUCAGCAGAAUCUGGCAGCACUGCCAGCACGGAUUUCGCGCGCUAGCUCAGCGCAGUCUGCCAGCCAGCGCAUGGUUUCACACGAGGAGAUAUUAUGAUGCUACAGCACUACUAGCGCUCUCUGCUUUGAGUCAAAGCACCUGGCUGACUACCGUAUACCGUGUCGGGUCGGGUCCACUGACAGUGCAGGGCUUUAAACGCCACUCCCCAGGGUCUACCUGCCAACAAUGGCUGUGGUACAGUACUGCACACUACUAGCCGUCACGCCAGUGACUGCCCAAGGCAUUACUGUAGUACCUGGCUGCCAGGUAAAAGCAGUGCCCCCCAGAGUCUGGCGGGCAGACUCCUCUUCGAACCAAAACCUAGGGGCAGCCAGCUUGGAAAUCAUUUCGAUUCCGAAUGGCCUGGCUGAACAGUAGUAAGGUCCAGCCAGCCUGGCCUCUCAACAGGCGCCCGCCGAGAUGAGCCCCGACGGGACUCCAGCGGGGGCGGGACUAUUCCGCCCGUUCUUUCCGAGGAAGCAACGGGUCUUCAGAGGGUCUUUUCCUUCCUCCCUCCUCCCCCGCGGGGGCUCCUUUGAGGAGCCCCGCGCGACACUCGCGCGAGCUCUAUCUCUCCCCCUCUCUCUCUCUGUCUCUCGCUCGCUCUCGCUCGCUCACUCUCGUUCACCCUCGCUCACUCUCGCUCACUCUCGCUCUCGCGUUCCUCCUAGCUGCGACGCCCCGCGCCGCGCGUCGCCGCACAGCCGCCGCCGGCGACUCGGCGGCUAGUCCGAGGGGCGAGCCGAGGGGCGCGCGGCUGCUCAACUCGAGCGGACGAGCAGACUCGGGGCACAUUCGCGCCUCCCGCCUGCCAGGCGUACAGUGUCCAAAUGAGAACCAGAGCGCAGCCCCAAAGAGUGCGGAGCGGACCAGCGGACCUCCCUCAGAUGUGCAGCUCGAAACCGGGCCUGGGCCCGGGCAGGCACGCCGUGCGGUAGUCAGCCCGGUAGUGAGCCCCAGAGCCCGCGCAGGCGCAACCCAGCGGCGCCUUCAAGGCGGGAGCACUCCUUGAAGGUAGGGCUCUAUAAAUCCCGAAUCCAUUAUCGGAGCUUCUCAUCGUCUGGAACCACACAUUCACGAUCUUUCUCCUUCCGCUCCUACUACUCCUACCGCUCCUAGUACUACUCCUACUCCCACUAACAGUCCAGUUUCUUCUAGCAGAUUUAUAUUUCUUACAGGCAGUCUGAAGUACCUGCACGGCAUCAUGCCUUCGUCGAAGCUUCUGGCUCUCGCGCUUCUGCUGCUCGUCGUCGUCAGCCUGACGACCUUCACCGUCGCCGACAGCGACGACGACGACCGUCCAGAGCGCGAGCGCAAGCGGGACGGCACGGGCAACCAGGAUCGCGACCGCGACCGCGACCGCGACGGCUCCUGCGGCGGCAAGUCUGGCGGGUGCACCGGCAGCGGCACUGGCGGCCGGCAGAAAGCUGGCGCCAGCAAGCAGGGCGGCGGCGGUGGGGGCGGGAGUGGAACGGGACGUAUGGGAAGCGGAGGUGGCGCGGGUGCGGGUCGUGGCGGGCGCUUGGGUGGCAGCAGCAGCGCUGGAAAGGUGGGGAACCGGCGGCAGGGCAACAAUGGCAGCGGAAACUGCAACGGCAGCGGCGGCGGCGGCUGCAACGGUGGGGGCGGGGGCUCGGGGAGAGUGAGGGCGGCGAGUGUGCAGGGAGCAAGCAUUCAGAGCACGGAGUACAUGGUGGCAGACAACCGCGAGAGGGAUAGCAAGAGGGACGGCUCCGGCGACCAGGACCGCGACCGCGACCGCAAGCGCGACGGCUCCGGCUCCCGCUCUGGCUCCCGCUCUGGUUCCGCCUCCGGUUCCUCCUCCUGCACCCGAUCUGGCGGCUGCACUGGCAGCGGCGGCGGCGCUGGGCGGCAGGGUUCUGCGCAGCAGCAGGGCCGCGGAAGUGGCGCCGGCGCGGGUGCUGGCGCGGCUGGUGGACGUGCGGGCAGCAUGAGCGGAGGAGGGGCGCGCCAGGGGGGGGCUGGCCGCACGGGCGCAGGUGCAGGGAACAGGGCUGGUGGAAGUGGGAACUGUAACGGAAGUGGGUCUGGUAACUGCAAUGGGAGUGGUUCAGGGAGGAAGGGAGGGAGGAGGGGAGGACGAGGGAACCGCGACAAUGAUGGUGAUGAUGACUAGACUUGACUUGAGGUGGAUGGGUGGGUGUGAGUGGCCAUAUGGAGGAGCUGGAAAACAUUGGAGAAGAGAAGGACAUGAGAAUGGAGAAAGGACAUGAGCUGUGAAUGGCUGCUGUUUUCUCUAGGAAUGGUGAGCUGGGUGUUAGGUAAUGGGAUGCUUGGGCUCUGUUCUGUUUGCUUUACCUUGGCUGAUUAGGUGGGGCUGGUUUUGCAAUGCAACAAAAUUGGAGUUGGGCCUUCUUAACGUAGGAUUGAAUGUCGAGAGAAAAACCUACAAGGUUAUACGCCUAAGUGUUGUACCCUCUA